AUGAGUUCUCUUAUUGGAUCAGAUCAUCCAUCAAAAAUCGAGUUUGUUCCAGUUGAACUUAAAGAUUUAAAAUCAAUUUCACUUGUACUUUAUUCAAUACAUUUUUAUCAAUUCAAAAACUUAAUUACAAAUUUUUUUAAACACAUUGAGAAAUUAAGUAUUGCAACAUUUAAUGAUUCAACAUAUUUAUCUGGAAAACGAUGGCAACAAAUCAUUUCAUCUUCAUUACCUAAUUUACGUAUUUUUGAUCUACAAAAUAAUUAUAAUUCAAUGUGGAAUAAAUUCGUAUAUGCGUGGUUAAGUAGCGAUUUUCAAUCGAGCUUUUGGAAAGAUAAACAAUGGUUUUUUCAACAUUGUUACGAUGGUGAAAUAAAAUCAAAUAAUGGAAUAUUUUUCUCAACAAAUCCAUAUCGAAAAGAUUAUCAAUUUUAUUGGAAUGGUGAUCAUAAUCGUACUAAUUCAAAUAUGAAACAAGAUGAUUUCAAAACAGUCCAGAAUUUAUUUAUACAUGAUGCACCAAAUGACAAUGAACCUGUUGGUUAUUUUCCAAAUGUAAAAGAAAUAACAAUUUAUCAUUAUGAUUCGAUUUUAACAAGUCUUAAUCGAAUUCUUCCUUUAUAUCAAUUGAACAAAUUUGAAUUGUUAGCUGCUCUUUGUUCAAUCUCGGAAGAUGCAGUUUCACAAGCACUGUUAGAUAUUCAAAAUAAUCAGCUUGUUACAGCUGAACUUCUCGAAGAAGAAGAUAUUCAAUCGCAAGUAAAAGCCAUGGUUGAACUUUUUCAAGCAACCGCACAUGUUCAAGUUAAUUCAUUUUUACAAUUCGUUCAAGUGAUGUAUCGUUCCAAUGCUCUUGUGUCUGCUUUUGGAACGAAUGCAGUUGUUCAAAUAGGCACUUAUAAAGUAUAUAUCACUUCUACGUAUCAAGCGAACCCAAACAUAAGUCUUGGUCUCGUAUUAAACGCUUCAAGUUGCACUGAAAGGACCAUGGUGGUUCCAGCUCUUUUCUAUGCUCAACCAUUCGAUACUAGCGUAUUUGAUCAUAUAAAUUGGCCUAUUUACUACAGUGGUGGCAGUGCUUAUACAAAUAUUUCUGGAAGCGUCGACGGAUUCUUCGGAGGAUGUUUUCCUCUGGAUUCUAUUCUUGAAAGUACACUUGAUUGUUCUAUUCUUUGUCUUGUUCUUUUUAAUUCACUCAAAACUCAAACAAUUACAAUCAUUGAAAAAAAUCCACCAUUAACUAAAUACAAGCAGUUACAAAUCCUAUAUCCAGAUACACUUGCAUGUCCUUGUUCAAAUAGUACAAUGCCGUAUAAGACUUUUGUUUCAUUGUCUCCCAUUUUUCAUCAAGUAUGCUCAAGUGGUUUACUUAACGAAUCAUGGAUUUCACUACUAUCGAAUAACGAUCCGAAUAAUGUGUUGAGUGGUACAUUUAUUAGUAAAGCUGCUCAAUACUUUAGAUUACUGUCCAGUAUUUGUCAACUAGCUGAUUUGACAACUACCGAGAAUAUUGAUGGUUUUUUUGCACGCACUUUUGUUACUUUCUAUGUGCUUAUCGAAACAGAUUUUAAUAUUCAAGUUAAUGCAACUGUCAAGCAACUGACCGAAUCAAUUGUAAUCAGUUUUAAUCUUUUCAAUAUUAUGACACGUCUUUUCAUUCAAGCUGAUCAGCCAAUAAUAGUAUCACCGAAUUCUCAAGUAAUACUAAAUUAUAUAAAUACUACAGCUGGUACUAAUAAUCCACAAGCACUAGAAUUUAAAUUUCGUUUCAAUACUAUUUUAAAGGACCUUUUAGAUCCGAACGGCCCAAUAUGUCAAUGUGUUGUUGAUACCAAUUGUCAAGGACCAAUCUAUUUCGCAGCUAUGGAGGAAAUUGGUAUUAUAAAAUUACCUGGUGCUCAUCCAGCAUAUGUCACUAGUAGUUAUGUGGCACCUGGAUUGAUUGAUGCAUGUUAUACUAUUGAUUUCCUUCUUCUAUCAACUCUUCAAUGUUUUUAUACAGAUUCUGACUGUAUGAACCAACUGCUCUAUUAUAUAAACAAAACAUAUCCGUCGUCUGUAAAAGAUCCAAAUGUGUAUGCACAUCCACUAAUAUAUAAUCAAACAUCAACUCGUUUUCCUCCAAAUACUUCAAUUUCAUCGAUAGUUGAAGAAAUGAUGAUUGAACAAUGGAAUACAUCGUUGUCAUUUUCUGAUUAUUAUAGAGCGUGUGCACCAACUUAUUGCACUUACACUCAAAUAAAACAUGCAGAAACUCUCAGCGAACUAUUAGUGAAAUUGAUCUCAACGGUCGGUGGUCUUGUUAUGGUAUUACGACUAAUUACAUUCCAAUUUGUUAAGAUUAUUUUCGGUUUAUUACGAAAAAAACCGAAGAAACAACAAGUUCGUCGAAAAUUACUUGAUCGAGUCAAGAUGUUAUUAUCUAAACUAAUAACAUUCUUAUACAAAAUUGUUGAAUCUAAAUAUGUUUCCGGCACGAAUAUUCGGAACAUCAUUUUUGUCAUUUUAACUCUUUAUACAGUUAUUCAACCACAAACAUUGACCAAAUCCUUUUCAACACCAUCAUUAAAUUUCUAUAAGAAACUAAUAAAUGAUCAUAGUGAUGAACUUGAAUGUCCAUGUUCAUUGAUUUCAUCUCCAUAUGAUGAAUAUCUUCAAAUUCAACCAAUUUGUACAAGUGAUUUGAUUUCAAAUGAAUGGAGAUUAAAUAUUACAGCAAAUAUAAUUUCUAAUUUAUCUGCUUAUAAUCAAAGAGAUUAUCGUUUAUUUCUCUCUAGUCAUUUACAAUUUUUAAAUGGAUUAUGUCAACUCUCCAUGCAAACAGUAGAUCAAUCGAUUCAACAAUCUUUAUCUUCAUUAAUGAUUACUAAACAAUUAUUAUCAGAAGAGAAUUUUAAUUUACAAAUUAAUUCAAUGAUUAAUGAAGCAAAAUCCAAUGCUCCUUCAACACUUAUUCGUCUACUUUCCUUACUUCAAGCGACAAAUCAUGGAAAUGCAAUUGUCUCAUCGUAUGGAACUAAUUAUCAAUACAUAGCUCCUAUUUAUAGUACAUUUUCAACCAUUUUAUAUACUCAAGCGAUGAUGUAUGAUGGUAACUGUUCAUGUCAAUUAAAUUCUACUUGUAUUAUUAAUGCUUCGUUUAUCGAGAUGGAAUCGGUACAAUCCUUAACAAUUAAAGGUUUGAAAAUGGGUUGUACACCGAGUGAAUCAUUACUUGCAUCAACUCUUGAAUGCUUCUAUGAUCAAUCAUGUAUUAAUCUUAUUCAAAUAAUGGUAGGAUACAGUGAAAAUAUUACUCCAAUUCCUCUCAACAUAACUAAUAGUCGAUUUCUAAUGAAUAUGACUGUGAUGAAUCUUAUCAACGAUCUAUUUGUUGAAAAAUGGUCAGCAAUAAUGAAUUAUUCAUCAUAUUUUUAUAAAUGUUCACCAAUGAUCUGUUCAUAUACAUAUAUUCAACGACUGGAUUCUUUCUAUACACUGACUUAUUUACUUGGUUUAUAUGGUGGUUUAACUAUCGUUCUCAAAUGGAUCUCUCCGAAAGUUGUUUACCUUGUAAACAAAAUUUACCAACGUCGAAAGAAAACAACCAGUUCAAUCAAACCAAUAUCUACUAUUGAGGGUAACGUCGAAAUAAUGGACGCAAACAAUAUCAACAAUACCGCUGCUUUGUCACAAUCGGUGAAAACAGUGCCAGCACAUUCGAAAAAAUUAUUUUCGGUAUCAUUACAUUACUGGAUCUUUGGUUUAAUAGUGUUUAUACUUGUGAUAAUAGGCAUUCUUAUUCCAUUUAUUUAUGUUUUGCAAGAAAGAAAGAAUCAUUCUACAUCAACAGGUACGAUAUCCUUAAUGAUUUUCAUCAUCGAGUAA